CAGCUGCGCGUAUGCGUAGCCUUAUCCCCUUUGCCGCUCCCCGCUCGCUCGUCCCGGCGAAAUGGCGGUCCAUCUCUCUCCUCCGUUCACCGCCACCCGCUUCACGCCGUCGCGAACGCCGCCGCGCCGGCGCACCCAGGCCCAUUCCUUCUCCCCGUCUGCCGACGCGCGGGCCCAGUGCUUCAGGAGGCCCUACACGUCCGUCCUAAUCGUCCCCACCGGCGUCGGCGCCGCCGUCGGUGGCUUCGCUGGCGACGCCCUCCCGGUGGCGCGAGCCCUCGCCGCCGUCUCCGACUGCGUCAUCUCCCACCCAAACGUGCUGAACGCUGCAAUGCUGUACUGGCCGAUGCCCAAUACGCUUUACGUCGAGGGAUACGCCCUUGACAGGUUCGCGGAAGGAUUUUGGGCUCUCCAACCAGUUCACCAAAACAAGGUAGGCUUGGUGUUGGAUUCUGGAAUCGAGGAAGACCUCCGGCUUCGCCACUUGCAGGUUGCAGAUGCCGCAAGGGCUUCGCUUGGCCUGCCUGUAGUUGAGUACAUUGUCACAGAUGCUCCCCUGGAGAUCAAGACAUGGUUUGAUCCAAAAUGUGGGAAGUCGACGGGGAGUGUUGGGAAUUCUGAUUCUCUGUUAAGAGCAGUUGACACACUAGUGAACUAUUCCGAUGUGAAUGCGGUGGCAGUUGUUGCACGCUUUCCAGAUGAUGAUCCAGAAGAUUCAGAAUGUUAUCGGGAUGGGAAGGGAGUUGAUCUGUUGGCAGGAGUUGAAGCAAUUAUCAGUCAUCUAAUUGUGAAAGAAUUCAAAAUCCCUGCUGCACAUGCUCCAGCAGUCUUACCCCCACCACUCAGCCCAUUAGUUAGUCCAAGAUCUGUUGCUGAAGAGAUUGGAUAUACUUUUCUGCCUUGUGUGCUCGCUGGGUUAAGCAAUGCUCCUCAGUAUGUAAUGAGGAGGCCAGGAACCUUGGACAGUGGUUGCAUAGUGGCUAGUGAUGUUGACAGUGUGAUUCUUCCAAAGGACUCUUGUGGAGGAGAUGGCACUCUUGCUUUUGCUCGAACUGCGAUAAAGAACAAGCCCUUAAUCAUUACCGUACAAGAAAAUGAAACAGUGCUUGAUGAUACUCCAGACAAGUUCGGCAUAGAAGUGGUGAAUGUCCGGAACUACUGGGAAGCCAUUGGAGUUAUCGCUGCUCACAAGGCAGGUGUCAAUCCAAACGCUCUCAGAAGACAAGGAGUUGAUCAUCUUAAGAGCCCUAGGUCAUCUCCCCGUUCUCCAGUGCACGAGAAAGUACAUACACAGCAACUAGUUAUACAAAAUUUAGUACUAUAAGGAACACUACUACUAAUAGAGAUAACUUUAGCAGGUCACAGUCAGGGGUCUCCAAAUUUUGGAGCCACAGGUUACAUGUAAAUAUUCCACAAAGACCGCUCUGCAAUGGCUCCUACGCAUAGCAUCUACACCAUUUUUUUGUGGUGUCACUGUCACCCAGUCAGCAGAUAAGCUUGUGCCAUGCAUGAAUCUUUCUCCGUUGCCUUACAUGUCUCUAAUCUCCACUCAGUCAGCCAAUCAUUUACAUCAUUAUAUAUUCAAGGAAAACCCUGUGCCUGUAAUCAUUUUGUUACAACAGAAGCAUCAGUACUGGUUUUGCUUCCCUUCCACUGAACAUGAAAGUUUAUGCUC